AUGGGGCAGGCCGUGCCCGGAGGGGGGCAGCGCCGGCCAGUGCUCGCCCCGGGGUCCCGCCUGCGUGGCCGGAGCCCCUCCGCCUUUGGAAAGGCGGCGCGGCACCCAGGGGCGCCGGUUGGGCGGGAGCCUGGGGCCUGCCUGGCUCUCUCCAGCAGGUGUCAGCGUUCCGCGCUGCCCUGGCCCCACCUGCUGACAUGGUUGAGCCCCUCCUCCUUCACGCCUGUUCUAAACGUGUUUGUCCGUAUCGCCCAGACCGUGACGGCUGUGGCCGGCGUGGUCUCUUACCCCUUCGACACUGUGCGGCGGCGGAUGAUGAUGCAGUCAGGGCGCAAAGGAGCGGACAUCAUGUACAAGGGGACGAUCNNCUGCUGGCGGAAGAUCUUCAAAGAUGAGGGGGGCAAAGCCUUCUUCAAGGGCGCGUGGUCCAACGUCCUGAGGGGCAUGGGGGGCGCGUUUGUGCUGGUCCUGUAUGACGAGUUGAAGAAAGUCAUCUAGACGUUCCUCCUCCAGACAUGGGGACCCAGGCAAUCCUGUAGAAUACUUGUAACUGUUACGGACCAUUGAUCUUCGAGAAAUUCCAGUGCCCUUGUCCCGGUCAGAUCCAUGUGUAGAGGGCUGGGGAAGGUUCCAAAGGGGGCUCAUUGUGAUCAACCAUUGGCACCAGAUUCCGUGUAUUGAUUAUGGGGGGGAGGGGAAUCACGAGGUCUUCGUGGGUCCACAGGCUGGCAGCUCCGCCGCAGAGACCUUCGAGUCCAGGUGCUUGUGGGACCCGAGUUGUGUUUAAGUAUUUAUUUAAAAAAAAAAACAUUGUUUCCAUUUGUACUUAAGCACUAUUCUCUUUUGCACAGCCGAAUACUUAAAAUUAUGUGUCAUGUCAGGCAUUCUGCUGCAAAACCAUAAAAAAACGGGACAGAGA